CUCGUCAAUUUUUAUGCGAACGACGAAGAGGACGAUGCCUGUAGCGUGUACAGUUUUCAUAGUUGCAUAAAGUAGAUGUGAAUAUCAACCUGCAUAUGCAAAUAUUGAAUUUUUGAUUUUGUCAUAAAAACGUUGGAGGCAGAAGCUGCACCACACGGACAUAAUGAAAGCGACGUGUGGCGGAAUUUAUUGACAUUAUGCAAGAACUGCAUUGAUUGAUGCAACAUCAACAUCAAGCUCAAGAAGAAUAACACCAAUCAGAAUAAUAAUGGGAAAAAGGAGUUGCACGAAUCCACGCUCGUGUCGCAUGUUGAUGCGGGAAAAAUUACUGAAAAUGUACAUCUUCUAUUUGGAGGGUUAGAAAUUGAGCGAAAACAGUAAAGGGGCUACAGCAACGUCACAUACGCAGACACUGCUAACUGGUGAAAGUAGAACAGAGAAAAAGAAACAUCAAGGGAACAGGUGUACCCCUGGAAUGGGUUUACUACUACUACUAGGUUUACUAGAGGAGCGAAAACAACAGAAAGGGCAUCGAGGAGUACUACUCCAACUAGCGAACGCGGAAGAAGAGCGCUUUGAACCAGCUCCAGCAGCAUGGGCAACGCUAUCAAGCACUCGCUGGCCAAGUGCCGACACAACCGUGAUGUUCUGCGGAUGCGGGAAGAAGCCCUACUCUAUGGUGAUCCAGAUCGAGAAAUAUUCGCUGGGAGUGGUGUGGUGCCAACUGAUGUGAACAGCAAAAUGAACACUUCUGGUAGACAGCAUGGUGGGGACUCUGCUAGUAGUGUAUCUGGUGUUGAUAGUACAAAAGCAGGAUCUUCUUCAUCUGGCAGUAGUACAAGUCCUGAUCAUGGGUCAGGUGCAGGUGGUCCGCCUUCGUCUUCGACAAUACCUCCAUAUCGGACGAGAGAUCGCCAAAGGGAAAACACACGACGCUGUACCGAAAUAGUGCACAAUGUUGAUGAUGCAGUUCUGGAUGAUAGAGAGGAUGCGUCAACAUCCAAGAAGAAGUACAACGAAGGUGGAAGGAGGCCUUCACAAGCACGAAGGAUCGACCGAGCAGACAGUCGUGCAAGUGUCUGGGAUUUAGCUGCUGCAGAAGACGGAGUUGAUGUUGUCCAUUUCGAAAGUAGUGGCAGCCCAUUUAGUGGUGAAUUCACGACAGGCGAUCCUGGGGAUGGGGAAAGAGUUGAACAUUCUUCACAUUCUUCUGUUAUGGCUUACUCCUUGACUGUUUUGGAAUAUAAUAAUGCUCGUUGAUGACUUCGAAAGAACGUUGUUGACCAAAGAUCUCAACCAGAGUACUAGAGUUCUUUCGUUCUUCCUCUCCGUUUCUUCUCUCCACACCCAACAUCUAAUCUUGAAUACAUGGAGAACCAGUUGGCAAAUAGUCGUCGUCUACAGCAACGGCGACAAGAAGCAGAAGCCACUCGAGCAUUUGACCAAAUAUUACAGAAUGCUGCUGCAGUUAAGGCUCAGCGAGAUUAACAAAGAAUUUCUUGUAGCAAUUAAGGACGUUCUGAACGUGAAUCUUGUUUCCUCCGCUAUAACGUUAGUCAAGACGUAGCACGAUGUAUCAUGACAUGACACCCACUCCGUCUAUCUUCCGUUGCUCAGGUAAGAAAGUGAGAAGAUGGAGGCAAGAAAUGAAAUACUUUGCGCUCUAAUGCAGAACAGAGAACAAGAAACAGCAAUAACAUCAUGAGCAGCGAUGAAAGCAGCGACGACUCUAGCAGUUCCAGCUCUGACGACUCAAACAGCUCAGACGAAGAAGAGAGCGAGAGUACUAUGAUUUAUCGUGAGAGUAGGUUUUUUGAACCGAUAAUGAUAAUGAAUCUCAUUGUGAGUCAGACCGCUGACUCCGAUGUCGACCAUCGUAACAUGACAUGAAGCUUGAAUCAUAGGUAUCAAGAACGGAAACAAUCGACUACAUUAUUUCGGUUUUUCCCACUGCUCACAGCUGUCCCGCCGCCUUCUAGAAAAAGCCGUAAGAGCAGUUUGCGUGGCAGUCCACCUACAGAUGGGGCAAACCAUCUCGCACGAAAUAGUAACUAUGGUGCGGCAGGCGUGCCACCUGGUGCAGAUACAAGAGCAAAUACAUCAGUGGUAGAGAUUAUGACAGACCCAACCAACUACCUUUCUUCAUAGGAAAUUGUACUUAUUAUGACAGGUGGUGUAUCAAUUUCAAGUUUCUAGGUAAGGAUAUACCAGAUGCAACCAACCUUUCAUAGGAAAUAGUACUUUUUGUGACGUGAAAAGGAGUUGCCAGUUCCAGCAAAGUCUCUCGAGAAGAUAUUCUAAGACAAAGAGGAACAGCAAAGCACUUCGAAAAAGCCGGAAACAGUCUGUGGUCAGCAGUAGCACCGCAGCAUCAAGCGCCUGGAAGAGCCCACUUAGUGACACGAUGUCCUGCGCAACGACCGCAACGUCAAAAACUACUUCCACCUGCUCUUCUGGCGCAUCCACAGCCCUCAGAGGUGGUGGGUCAAAAGCAUCAACAAUAUCAUCUAGUAGAGAGGAUGGUCACAGCGCAUUUGGCGCAUUCCCUGCUGCGAAAAGAUAUCAUGAGCCAGACGAGCCUUUCGGAUUUCAAGGUGUGUUUCACGAUGUAGCACCAUCGGCGAUGCGUGCAGCGAUUCUACGAUAUCGAGAUGUACCUCUACUUGAUGACAUUUUUAUAAACAUUUUUUCUUUUUGAAUGCUGAAUGAUGAUAGCUGGGAUUCCAAGAAGAACGAUAAUCGACGAGCAUGUGAUUCUUUGACUCAGGUGCUGAUAUUUUUUCAUCUAAUUGAACACACAGUAGUACCAGGAAGGUGGCAUUGUUUGUAUAGGCGGCCAGGAUAGCACUAUUAUUCAGACAUAAUUGCCUUCGGCUUCCCCAUAAUUGCCUUUUCUCGUCUUCCCAGGCUCGACGCAGUGACGAGUUUGUGUCGAUCAAUGAUACGUGGAAAGGGCGCAGUCUGCUGAUGCAGGCCAUACUAGACAAUGAGGUUGAUGUUGCGAAGUAUCUGAUAGUUUCUUCGGCUGCGGCGUCACCAGGAGUCGUGUUUGAGACGUUUCAGGUAUUGUUCUUGCUUGUCUUUAUCCUGGUGUCACUCAGCAGGUACAUACUUAAUCGGUGUAAGUAAAUGAAAAGCAGCUUUGUUGUAGUAUACCAGAUUGUAGUCGUGUUGACAGUUAGUUGUUUUUGGUACCCCCAGCAGCUCUCAUUGGAGAUUUUCUCACAAAACAACAAUAACAACAUCAACCUUUUUCACAGCUGAUAAACCACCGCGACAAAAUGACUGGGAGCACAUGUUUAACACUUGCUCUCGAGUCCAGACAUUGGGACGUUUCGGAAUUGAUCCUUCGUCAUCCGCACUUCACGCAUUUGUCCGGCAAAACACACGGCCAAGACCCAGUCAGUCUAGGGUCAAAAAAUGCGAGGUUUCUUCGAGCACUGGAGAGACAUCCGAAAUUAGCGGCGCCGGAUCGGAGUCGAGUUGAGACAUUCCUCGGACAACUGGAUCAGGGAUGAGCCGCCGCGAAUCAUGAUGGCAGAAAGGCUAGGGCUCUCUUCAAAUCUUAAGUUCUUGUUUCUUUCUCCGUGUCUGGUACUGGUACUGUUUCUUGUUCCAAAUAGCAGCUAGCUGCUGCAGAGAGUGGUUGUUUCUAGAAAGUCCACCAAAACACCAAAACCAAACAUCUAAGUCGUCUAAACAUGUGUCUACUUCUAUUUUCAUAGUCAGCCUCCAAUCCGCUGUUGUCGAUCUUAUCGAAGCAUGGUGAAGUUCCCAUCCUAUCGAUGAGAAGGCAGCUAGCGCUUCUUGAACCUCUUGUUACAUUUGAGCCAUUGGAAUUCGAAUUGAGUUGUCGAAAAAAAGCUUGGACGAACGACGUUGCUGGACCCUGUGAGUUUGAAAAUGAAUAUGAGUCCACAAAAAACCUUUCCUAUUGCCACUGAUUAUGCCGUUGGCGCGGAAGAGUCGGAAAAAGGCAAUUUUAC